CCGUGCGUGGUGGAAGCAGUGGAAGGGUCCGUGGAGGUAGAAGGAAAUUACCUAGGUACGACGAUCAUUGACAUGGGUGCCUCCCAGGUGCUGAUCGGUAGGCGACUGGCCGAGCAUUUGGGGCUCCACCAAGAGGAAAACGUGACACCUGAAGGGGUGAGGAUACCGACAGCAGAAAGGGGGGGUAGGCAAAUGCCUGCCAAGGACCUUGCGUUUGCAGGAGGUAGUGUUGGCUCCCGGGAAAGAGAACGAAGCGAGACUCAGGGUGCACUGCCUCAUCUCGGAUUCCGAUGAUUACAAUCUAUUGCUAGGUAUGGAGCUGUUGUAAAAAAUCGGGGCAGUCGUGGACACCUGGGCAGAGAAGGUCACGUACCAGCCAUGAUACUGGGAUGCAGACUUACGGCGAGAAGAGAGUACAGCGGCUGUAUUGCCCGCUCGGUUCCUGAGAGGGAGACCCGUGUACAGGGAGCCGUCCGCAGACCGGGUGCCUGAAAACCGAUUCAAGGAUGCUGGAGUGUACCUGGAGAAGAGCAGUGAGAGGCGGAGAUGGGAGGAAGCAGCCGGCCCGAGAGUGGAAGAGUGCCGUGAAGCAAAGGGCUUGACAGAGCCCACGUACGAUUUUGAGACGGACAUCUUGGAACCAGGCAGGCGGGCUGCUCCGGUAACCAUGCCCGACGCUCGAGUGUAGUACCCAUGCAAUGAAGUGGGGGCACCACGUCAGGCCUGGCCCACGCUGGUAGCGACCCCAGGCAGCUAUGCCUUCCGGAUGCAGGAUGGACAGCCAGGGCCCGGAAUGGUGCAGGUCCUGUCCACUGGAGAAUGGGAGGAACCCUUGGCAGUGGAGCGAGAGCGGGCAAUAGGGUACUUGAGAAAUGCAACCGCAGUAGAGGGAGUGACGGAAGCAGAGAGGUGGCGAGCUCUAGGGGGAGCGAUAGAUCAGCACACACUGGUAUGGUUGAUGUACCGGGCAGAGAAGCGAUAGGAGGCAAUGCACAAGCGGCUGCUGAUGAUUUGGAGGUGGAGGGAUAUAGAAGAAAUGCUAGAGGCAGACCCAGUUCAAGCCAUGGACAUAGCGAAGGCAUGGCGAAGGAUGAAAGUGGAGGCAAGGGAGGAAGGUAGGCGGGAUGAAGAGUGCUUGAAUAGCAGAGGAAUCAGCCUCUUGGCGAGAGCAACGCAGGAGGCUGAGGAGCGGCAAGAUACGAACGAGGAGCUGGAGGCAGAGCCCCCCCCCCUUAGGGACGCUCCCCCUGAGGAGAGUCAGUGGGACAUAGGGGAGGGGCUGGAGGAGGGACAGAAGGAGGAACUAACGGGGGUACUCGAGAAGGCCAGAGACGCCUUCGCAUACUCACUGGCAGAACUGGGCAAGUGUAACCGGACAGAGAUGGAGAUUGAUUUGCAGAGCUCUGAGCCUGUGUAUCAAAGGAGACGGAGACUGAGUCCAGGGGAUCGCGACAUCGCUAUAGCCAAAUGCAAAGAGGUGCUAGCAGCCAGCUUGAUUCAAGAAUCAACAUCAGAGUAUGCAGCGGCAACUGUGGUAGCGGUACACAAGUACUUGACAGGAGAAAUGCUAGCAAGACGGAUGUGGGAGGAUUAUCGAGGCCUGAACCGCAUGACGAAGAGCGAUAGGUACCCCAUGCCGAUGGCGGAGGAGAUUUUUGACAAGCUGGCGGAAGGGAGGAUUUACUCAACUUUAGACCUCCGGCAGGGAUUCAAUCAGAUCCCGAUCAAGGAAGAAGAUAAGGCCAAGACCGCGUUUCACGGUCCAGACCGGCUCUUCGAAUAGAACUUCAUGCCAUUUGGCUUGAAGAACGCCUCUGCAAAGUUUCAAAGAGUAAUGGACCAAGU